AUGAGUAUGAAGAACCCAAUGGUUUUCUUGGAUGUGUCCAUUGAUGGUGAUCCCAUUGAAAGAAUGGUUUUUGAGCUUUUUUGUGAUGUUGUUCCCAAGACUGCAGAAAAUUUUCGUGCACUUUGUACUGGGGAGAAGGGAAACAGUCUGAAAACUGGAAGACCCCUACACUAUAAAGGAACCUUUUUUCAUCGCAUUGUCAAAGGAGCCAUGGUUCAGGUAUGUUCUUUAAUCUUUUACUUGCAUUAACCUUUUCUCAAGUAUAUAAAUUCAAUACCUCUCAUUCCCUCUGUGCUUAGUUUUCUGGUUGAGCAUGAUUUAGAAGUGGCCUUGUCUUUUAGUCAGCUAUCCUUGUUUAUGCUGUAGGAUACAGGGCUGAUGGUCACGACUGCUUUUCUUGUGAUGUAGUUUUAAGGGUGGCGAUUUACUUAGACGAGAUGGUAUGCAUUCUUUGGCAAUCAUUUUCAUUCAUGCACUUUGAAAUCUUAUCAUUUUCAUGGUUGCAAUUUUGCUGCCCGUUAUGGUUCUCAUUUAUGUAGUGUAUUCUAUCUGAUGCUCAUCUCAUAACCAUCAAAUUAGUGAAUUAGAUUGGUAAUUUAUUUUUUCAAACCGUGAAUAUCUGCAACUUCUGUACAUAUAUUAGUCACGUCUGGCAGUCAAUGUUGGGUUAAAUGGGGACGUCUUCUAAUGGCCCUAAAUGCAGGAAGCAACACGUUUGAAGUCCUCCUAUAAGAGCUGGAUCAUCUCCACUGGGGGAUCUUCAAGCAUCUGAACAUGCUAAGAAUGUGUGUUGUGUCUUCUCCCUGUCAUCUGGAAUUUGUAUUUUUCUAUUUUUUGUUUUUAUUUUUUUUCUUUAUAACAAAAUCUUUGUUUCCUCUCUAAACAAAAACAUGUCGUCUGUGGUUGCGUUACAUCUUUGGCAUAUGUCUGCAUUGGACUUACUUCUGCUUUGUCUCAAUUAAUUUGUCAAAAUCUUGUAAUGCUGAACCAACCAAAUAAAGUGUUGGAGUUUUCGACGACUUCUGCAGUCCCAAAUAGAGUUCCACGAGCUUUUCCUCAAACCCAGCCUCUCCCAAAUCUUUAUUCUCAAACACAGUUUGUUUUAAACUUAUU